AUGGUUGAAGUGUCAUUGUUCAUGAAGGGCAGAGAUAGCGACAAUAAAGACUCAUUGUUGACCAAAUCCCACACCACUAGCCAAGAGGGGCCAGGACAGAAACCAGAAGCUGAGUGUUUGUUUGUCUCUAACAAGGAGCUCAGGGAGCCAUGGCGUGUGGGUCCCAAGGGCCCAGAGACUCUUGAAAAUAGUCCUGCCAUGAGCCUCUUUCCCGUCCGCACUGCCCUCGAGUUCCCCAUCACAGAGUUCAUCCCCCGAGGGUACAGAGGAGGUGGACAGCUUAUGCAAAUUACAUUGCCCAACCGACCUCAAGACAACCUGCACAGGAGAACUUCAGCCUUCAUGUUACUACUCCGAUAUCGGGACUACAGCCUAUCUCAAAUCCACUCCUCGAUGGUGGAGCAGUGGCAGCUCCUCUUGGUGCUGUUCCUCUGGUUGUACCUUCUCGGCAUUGUGGGGAGCCAGCUCAUCGUCCUGGCCAUCGACUCUGACCCACACCUGCACACCCCCAUGUACUUCUUCCUCACCAACCUCUCCCUAGCCGACAUCUCCUUCCUGACCCACGACAAAUCCAUAUCCUACGCUGGCUGCCUGGCGCAAAUGUACUUCUUCAUUCUGUUUGGAGGUCUGGACCACUUUCUCCUCACUGGGAUGGCAUAUGACCGUUACGAGGCCAUAUGCCAGCCCCUCCACUACACCACCAUCAUGAGCCCACGGCUCUGUAGCCUAUUGGUUGCUGGAUCCUGGAUCGUCAGUUCCCUCCAUGCCCUGACACCCACCCUGUUAGUGGUUCGCUUAUCCUUCUGUUCCAAUCGUGAAAUUCUUCACUUCUUCUGUGAGCUUUACCAGAUCCUCAAGCUUUCCUGUUCUAGCGUCGUCAUCAAUGAACGAAUUCUGCUUGUCUUUGCAGUAGUGACUGGUGUAGGACCUAUAUUUGGCCUCCUGUUCUCUUACAUUCGCAUCAUCUCCACCAUAUUGAGAAUCCCAUCUGCAGGGGGAAGGUGGAAAGCUUUCAGCACCUGUGGCUCUCACCUGUCCGUGGUCUCCUUAUUCUACAACACCAUUCUUGGAACCUACCUUUGUCCAACAUCUACCCAAGCAUUCAGUAAGGGCUCGAUAGUAUCUGUGCUGUACACAGUGGUCAUCCCCACAAUGAAUCCCUUCAUCUAUAGCCUAAGGAACAAGAACAUGAAAGAGGCCCUGAGAAAUACAUUCAACAGGAAAAGUGUCUUCUUUCGAGGGUUCUGA